AUGGUGCUGUACAUUAACCUUUGUAACCCCUUCAGUACAAGCAAAGAGGAGAGCCCUAAUGCAUGGCCUAAGACUCUCAGGGUAGAUCUCUUUUCGGAACCAAGACUGCUUCUCUGGUGUGCCAGAAAACCACCAGAUUGGUCUCAGCCAUUUGGGGGGAUAGCAUGUAAGGGGAAUUUCACCCAUGUGAUUGCCAAGAAGUAUCCAAGAGGACAAAAAUUUGAGAAAAAACAAAGCCAUCUUGGAUUGUUUGAUGGUUCUUGGCAGGAAAGGCUAGCUGAUUUUGUGAUACCACUCUGGAAGCUGAGCUAUGAAGAGCAACUCAAGGUGAAGUUUGAAGCUCAAAAGAAAAUUUUACAAAGACUAUAGUUUGACCUACAAAUGCUCAAUGGUGUCAAUGGCACAGUAACCAGACUCCAAUCAAAGGGUCUCUGUUGUUUUCUACAUCCUAUUAUAUCCUCUCCUGUCAUUAAUGGCACCUUUUCUGUUAACUGAGGCCCAGAUGGUAAUCCGAAGACGGGAUACUACGUGGGAACUUGGAAAGAUGGGAACAUUGUGUGUGUGUGUGUACGGUCUAACCAUCUGAAAAAUAUCCCUGAGAAACAUGAUCAAGUGGCUCAGUACUAUGAAAUAUUCCUUCGACAGUCUCCAAUGGAUCCCUGCCUUGUAUUUCAUGAAGGUGGAUACUGACGUGAGCUGACAGUUUGAACCAAUAGCCAGGGACACACUAUGGCUAUCAUAACUUUACAUCCCUAAGAAUUAAGUCAGGAGGAGCUCUUUGUUCAGGAGGACUAUAAGGAAUUCUUCAUCAAAGGCCCCGGAGCAGUCUGCAACUUAACUUCCAUUUAUUUCCAGGAAAGCACCAUGACCCGUGGCAAUCAUCAGCAGUCCCCCUACCAGCUCUUAUUUGGGGAACCCCACAUCUUUGAAGAUCUUCUAGGCUUGAAGGUCUGCAUUUCUCCAGAUGCCUUUUUCCAGAUUAACACUGCUGGUGCCAAGGUGCUUUAUUGGACUGUUUGGGAGCUGAGUGGAGAUUCUAAUAUGCUCCUCCUUGAUAUUUGCUGUGGAACUGGUGUGAUGGGCCUUUCUCUGGCUCAGCAUGUCUCCCAGGUUGUUGGGAUUGAGUUGGGAGAUGCCAGGUGGACAGCAGCCUUCAAUGGUACAUAUAUCACCAACUGUGAAUUUCAUACCGGGAGAGCAGAGAAGAUUUUACCACAGCUAUUAAAGUCAAAGGAAGAUGGGCAGUCAAUUAUUGCUGUGGUGAACUCAACCUGUGCUGGGUUGUAUUACAAGGUAGUUCGAGCCAUCCAGAACUGCCAAGCUAUCCACACACUAGUUUUUGUUUCCUGCAAGCCUUAUGAUGAGACCACAAGGAAUAUUAUCGAGUUGUGCUGUCCUCCAAACUCUGCUAAGAAGCUUCUAGGCGAGCAUUUUGUCCUGAGAGAAGCUGUACCUGUGGAUUUGUUUCCCCACACCCCACACUGGGAGCUGGUGUUCCUCUUCACAUGCUAA